AUCACCGCCGGUGAAACCCCACUUUACAUGUUCCUUCCAAUGUCACCCACCUCAACCACAACACUCUCUCCACCCUUCUUCCUCUUGGUUCCUUCCUAACCCUAACUUCCCCAAUUCCAUACCCUGCUCACACCUCAUGGCACACAACCUUCCUCCAUCCCCUCCCGACUCUCCCUCCUCCACCACUACCACACCCCCAAACCCUAACCCUAAUCCAACUCUCCUCCAUCUCUCUUUCAACCAGGACUCCCGCUACUUCGCCGCCGGCACUAACCGCGGCUUCCGAAUCUACAACUGCGACCCCUUCCGCGAGUUUUUCCGGCGAGAAUUCGACGGCGGAGGCGGCAUCGGCAUCGUCCGUAUGCUUUUCGGUUUCAACAUCUCCGCCUUGGUCGGCGGUGGCUCCGAGCCUCAGUACCCCUCGAACAAGGUCAUGAUUUGGGACGACAACGAGGGCCGCUGCAUCGUCGAGCUCUCGUUCCGGUCCGAGGUGAAGUCGGUUCGGCUCAGGCGUGAUCGGAUUGUGGUGGUUUUGGAUCAGAAAAUCUUUGUGUAUAAUUUCUCGGACUUGAAGUUGUUUCAUCAAAUUGAGACUGCUCCGAAUCCCAAAGGACUCUGCGAGGUUUCGCAGCUGUCGGGGUCGAUGGUGUUGGUGUGCCCUGGGUUGCAAAAGGGGCAGGUGAGGAUUGAGCAUUAUGCUUUGAAAAGGAGCAAGUAUGUAGUGGCUCAUGAUUCGAGAAUUGCGUGCUUUGCUCUCACUCAUGAUGGGAGAUUGUUAGCUACGGCGAGCAGCAAGGGGACAUUGGUUCGGAUUUUCAAUACUUUGGAUGGCUCUUUACUUCAGGAGGUAAGGAGAGGUGCAGAUAGAGCUGAGAUUUACUGUCUUGCUUUCUCUUCAUCUGCACAAUGGCUCGCUGCCUCAAGUGCUAAGGGAACUGUCCAUGUAUUCCGCCUGAAACUAGAUUCAGGAUCAUUAGGGAUCGAGAGAUCACGCAGAGCAUCUGAACCAAACUUGUCUACUGCACCUGCUGUUUCAUCUCUUUCCUUUAUUAAAGGUGUGCUGCCAAAAUAUUUCAGCUCAGAGUGGUCACUGGCUCAGUUUCACUUGCAGGAAGGAUGUAAUUAUAUUGUUGCUUUUGGCCACGAGAAAGACACUGUAGUGAUUCUUGGCAUGGAUGGGAGCUUCUACCGAUGUCAAUUCAACCCAGUGGCUGGUGGAGAGAUGACUCAGUUGGAAUAUCAUAAUGUCUUGAAGCCAGAAGAAUCAUCUUAAAGGCCAGGUGUAUGUUUUUUAAAAAAUUUAAAAAUUGUUUAUGCUUGGUCCUUUUGGUGCUAUUAUAUUUUUUUAGAUAUUUAUUAGGGGACAGUGAGAAUGAGUUGUAAAUAUCUAGUUGAUGUAAAUGAUAUAGGGUUUACACUUGUAUGCUCCAAAUAAUAAUGCAGUUAUGCGUAACACUCUUUAUCUUCA